GUUCAGGAUGUCUUCGAGCGCAUCGCUGGUGAAGCUUCCCGCCUCGCUCACUACAACAAGAAGUCAACCAUCACAUCUCGUGAGAUCCAGACCGCUGUUCGUCUUCUUCUUCCCGGUGAAUUAGCCAAGCACGCCGUCAGUGAAGGCACCAAGGCCGUCACCAAGUACACCAGCAGCAAGUAAACAGUUUACUGUUUGCUACAAAACAACGGCUCUUUUAGGAGCCACCACAUGAAUCGAAAGAUCAUGACAAAAUGCUUUUACUUUAUUUCAAUAAAUUAAUUAAUUCACGAACGAAAUACAAGAAAACGUUUUUU